GCUAAACAAGCCAGAGCGUGACUGAGCGAGCGAGCGUUUGCCAAAGAGACCGAGUGCAGUGUACAGCGCAUCUUAAUCCCGCCCGGACAGCAGUCGCCCCCUAUCCCUAACACGUUCCAUCGCCAUGAGCAAGAAACCGACGGCCGGCCCGGCGCUCCACAAGGUCAUCAUGGUGGGCAGCGGCGGUGUUGGUAAAUCGGCCCUCACCUUGCAGUUCAUGUACGAUGAGUUUGUCGAGGACUACGAGCCCACCAAGGCCGAUAGCUAUAGGAAAAAGGUUGUGCUCGAUGGAGAGGAAGUACAAAUAGAUAUACUAGAUACAGCCGGCCAGGAGGACUACGCAGCGAUCAGAGAUAAUUAUUUUCGCAGCGGCGAGGGUUUCCUCUGCGUCUUCUCAAUCACAGACGACGAAAGCUUCCAGGCCACCCAGGAAUUCAGAGAACAAAUAUUGCGGGUGAAAAAUGAUGAGAGCAUACCGUUCCUGCUGGUGGGCAACAAAUGCGAUCUAAAUGACAAACGGAAGGUGCCGCUCAACGAGUGCCAGGUGAGGGCGCAGCAGUGGUCCGUGCCCUACGUGGAGACCUCGGCCAAGACGCGUGAGAAUGUGGACAAGGUAUUUUUUGAUUUGAUGCGCGAAAUAAGAUCACGAAAAACCGAAGAUUCGAAAGCCACGAGCGGGCGUGCUAAAGAUAGAUGCAAGAAGCGGAGACUUAAGUGUACCCUACUUUAGGCAUUAGGUAUUUUUCGAUCUAAUCAGGGAUAUUUCAUCACGCAAAAAACAACGUCAGAUGGACGUGAAAGAGCCGGCGAAGCCUUCUCCUUGCU